AGGACUUUUUUCAGGUUCAAUUGAUCGUGGAAAGAUGGGAGGUGUCGUUGAAAUAAAUUCGCUGACGAUUUACUUUCCGCGCAUGCACGGUUCAAGUAUUUGCCUCACGCACCCUUCGAACGAGCGAAAGGAAGAAAGAGGGACAGAGCGAGGGGAAAGACCAAAUAGUUCCGUGAAUAUUGCAUCCUCCGUCAAUCGUCGGCUGCAUGUCAAUGAACUAGCAUCGAACGACCAACAGAAAUCGAGGGUUUCGAGUAUACACGCAUCGUGAGAAAUCGAAUUUCUCGCGUAAAUUUGUCGGACUACGUGCCAGAGGACGCCUUAACGAUGAUUACCAUUCGCGACGCUCGCUUCUUUCUUUACGAUACAUCGUACGCUCGUCGACAUCGUAAAAUUAAGGGCGACACAUAAAUCGAACUGUGAUCGAGGUAUGCUGAUGGCGAUGCAACGUGGAAUUGGAAAAGAGGUAACGGUGAACUUUAUCAAGCAGAAUGUACGGUUAGAUGGUACGCGACACCACAAGGGAGAUUAGCCCGCAUUAAUGCUAGCUGCGUUGUGCGAUACGGCACGUCGAUCUUUUCGUGUUCGCCGGCUUGUCAUUAUGGAAAAGUUCGCCGUAGAAGGACAAUAGGAAUACAAUGAGAGAAAUCGUAACGCGCCGUAAUAAGUAUGUCUCGAAAAAUGAGACGUUGCUUUCCUCGAAGUCACGGUUAAAGAAAACGUUUCGCUUCGAAAGGUCAACUGCCUAUAAAAAUGCGAAUAAUAUUAGCUAUCCAUUAAAGCUAAUUUCUCCGAUGAUGGCUUUCGUAAUGACAGGCUUAGCCUCGGAAGCCUUCUCUCGAAUAACAACGUAAACGCCAGAAAAGGCCUCCCUAACCCGGAAACGUGGCUCUCAUAAAUAAGAUUCAAAUAUCUCGAGUCUGCGCGCUAAAGGCGCCUCCAUUGAGCGCAUUGUCAUCGCAGCCUGAUAUAUGUGCUAUUUGUUCUCUUGGAGCCAACGAAAUCUACUGUACCGUUUUAACGAUACCAUGCAAAACAAUCGGAAACGAGAUCGAAAAGAACCGAGAUGCUUCUACGUUGCAUUGUACGUGGUUUCGUAGAUCAAUCAUGCUCGAGCGUUACAAAUACUUGCUGAUCGAAGGGUCGAUAGCUGAUGGAAGGAUUUGCCACUAUAAUUAAAAUAAUUUUGGGAGCUUUAAGAUAGUACCAUUUCCACCCUUCUGAGAUUAAAAUUCUGAGAUUCAAUAAAAUAGGGGUUUAAUUUGUAGACGGAGGGAUUUACCGACGGCGUAAGGAUCGCAAGGGUGGCGCCUUCGGCAAAGUAUCGUAGAGGCGGAACGAGCGGUAGAGGGUCGCGUUGACACGGUGGGGUAGGAACGCUUCUCUCGCGAAAGUGUCGGAGUGGAUUGGCGCUGUCAUAUGGAGGCAAACGGGGCGCCGUGUUAGGCACUCCGGCCUGCACGGAUGCCUUGGCGUGUAUCGUGAAAAAAGUGUCGACCCAGGGGGUCGCGAAUCUUCAUUGAUUCUAUCAAUUUUCCGAUCGACGAGUGUUGAUUGUAUGUAAUAAAAAUGGCGGCGAGCAAACCACCGGAAAUGAAUUACACGUGCGAAAUUUGUGGCCUGGAAGGCUUCAACGACGAAGAGAUGAGGUCUCAUAUGGUUUUCUAUCAUCUGCAAGGGGCUGCGAACUGUCCGUUUUGCGACUUGGGGGAAAUUUCGCCGACAGAAAUGUUGGCUCACGUUAACAGUGCCCAUCUUGAUUAUCUAACACCGAGCACCCCAGAGAAUGACAUGAUGGCAUUCAUCGAUGAUGAUUCUCUGGUGGAUGAUCGUAGGCACGAUGAAUGCCGUGGUCCUUGCCCUUCUCCAACAAUGUCUCCGAGCCCACCUCUUCUUCAAAACGGAUGGAGCAGUUCCCUUAACUUCCGUGUUAAACAGCAACCAGAAGCACCAAAGUCUGAGUCACAGAUUCAUAGUUCUAAUGUCAAUAACAACAAUAACAACAAUAAUAUUGGGAAUGUUAAUAAUGUAAUAGAAGGUGCAGCUGGUCAUGGUUCUCCAUUGCGUUCAGGCCUAAAUCUGCAACUGCGUUCUCAUGCUUCGCCAAAACUUCCGGUGCAAGAAUGCCCUAUGUGUCCCUACAGUUCUGAUAGUCCACUAAGACUGGAAGAACAUAUCAAUAGACAACAUUUUGAUCUCACGUCGCCGUCCUUCCCCCCGGAAUCCCCACCGUCUCGCGAUAGCGUUUUUAACUGCCCUUUAUGCGUCACGUCUUUUCCAAAUUCUUCUGAUCUAGAGUUACACGUCAACAUAGAGCACAAAGAUAUUUUGAGUCCUGCAAAUGGUGCAGCUUCACAAGCUGCUCAAGCAACCAACGGCGGCGAUACUCCUGCGUGUCCAGUUUGUUUCAGUACCUCGUUUAAAAACAACGACGAAUUAACGGCACAUAUUGAAGAACAUUUCAGUAAAAAGUGUACUCCAUCUCCUAUAACUCCAGACUUAUCAACGGAUAGAAUGCUGGCCAAGGACAUGGAAAGACUCGAGAAGGAACUUAGAAAAUUACGCGAACAGCGUGAAUUUGAAAUGUUAAGAGCGCAAUACGGGAUGGACAAUCAGGGCAAUUUUAGAGAACAAAGUGUUACUAAUAUGCAGCGGGCUGUGUAUUCGGGCGAAAUGACGAUUGCUGAUUACUAUGAAAGGCAAAGCGAACUCAGAGUAGCCGAAAGUAGCGGUAUCGAUGACGGUAGUUCUUGUACACGAGGAUUAGUGCCCAAGAUACGAGCUGUCAGUCAAGCGUGUAGUAAUGUAUUGAGCACCUGGAUGUGUUCCACCGUAGAUCAUUAUGCCACUACCUACGGAGACAAAGGCUGGGGAUGUGGUUAUAGAAAUUUGCAAAUGUUAAUUUCUUCGCUUUUACAACAUACAGGGUACAAUGAGUUAGUUUAUAAAGCAUGGAAUUCUGAUUUGAGCGGUGGCAGUUCUGCCAAGAAUCCGCUUCGAAGUUCGAUACCGUCGGUCUCGAGACUUCAAAAAAUGAUCGAAUGGGCUUGGGCUCAGGGUUUCGAUACUCAGGGAGCGGAACAGUUGGGUGGGAAACUGGUGAACACUAGAAAAUGGAUUGGUCCCACGGAAGUAGUUACGUUAUUAUCUAGUCUGAGAAUAAAAUGUCAGUUGGUAGAUUUUUAUAGACCAACUAACUCCGAUGGCGGACAUCCCGAAAUGUUUAACUGGGUUUUACAAUAUUUCCAGCGGUGCGAUGAUUUCAAGCCUCCCUUGUAUUUACAGCAUCAAGGUCAUAGUAGAACAAUAAUAGGAGUAGAACAAUUGAGAGACGGUUCAAUAACGAUGUUAGUACUCGAUCCAAGCCAUAGUCCAGCACAAAUGGCACAAUUUAACAGCACAAGUAGUGCACUCGGAGCAAUGCGUUUGGUGAGAAAAUCGAUUGCAGCGAUGAAAGCGAGACAGUAUCAAGUUGUCGCUGUUACCGGUAUCAUGGAGACCGACUUGGAAUACCACGAAAGCAAAGUAUUAUGUUUGAUUCGCGUACCACAAGAUAGGUGAGAUUUGCUGACCCGAAGAAGAGUAAAAUCUUUUGGAAAGACGAUAGACUGCCUCAAACCAAUUUUUUCUGGCAUCCUUAAAGUUACAUGAUCGCAGUGUUCUAGGUUUUAUCAUUAGGAGAUUUGCUCCACCAUAGUAGUUGCAAAAUAGUAUUAUUUAAGAAUAUAUUCUUGCAUUUUUUAGCCGUUAUAAAUGGAUUGGCUCCUGAAAUCGUGUACGCGUAACCUCGUGUCGUGCUCGAGAUAUUCGGAGCUGUAAUUAAUUGAAUCACAAGAAACUAUAAAAAUUGUAAUUUCUGGGAGAAAAACAAAUGUCUAUACAUACAUCGCGUGUGUCGAUUUCUUUUUUAAUCGGUAAUCGAAAGAAAGUUACAGUCAGAAACUAUAUAAAAGAUAAAAAUCAAUUUGAUCGUCGUUUCCUGUUCACAAUGUUCUGCUCAAUUUUCGUCGCACCGAACAGGCUGUGCUAAUUUUUAGUCGACCAAUCGUCCUAUGCCGGUCGGUUGCAUCAGCGAAAAAGCCAUGGCAGAGCUUUAAAAACGAGACUCUUUCGUAGCUGUGAUGCUGUUAUCGAUUUAACGCUAAUCAAUCAUCGAUUACAUAAAUAUUUUUGAAGACACUCCAUAUGGUCGAAAUUAAGAAAAAUAUUAAGAAAAGCAUUGUCCGCGCUUACCUUCCUUCGCCUGUACUUUAUAUUUGUAAUAAACGUUGUUGUCAAAAUAUUGUCAAUUUUUAGUCAAUAAAAAUACCAUUAGUGAUAAUAUAUCGUAAUACGCGCCAGAAUAAAAUUUUAUAUACCGUUACGUAACUGUUCUCAACCGUAUUUUUAUUAACGUUGCUUUUACAUCGCUUUGGGGUGUCUACAAGAAUAACGAACAUAUUUCCAUAUAUUCUAUAUACAUUUCUCUGUAUACUAUACACGUAUUUGCACACUCUUCGUUAUAUUACACUUUACUCACUCAUACAUGAAGUACAACUACUUUUCAUACUAAUUAUAAAUAUUCUAUUUAAUUGUUCAAUUACUUUAAGACUAUUCGUACUUUAACUUGUAAGUUAAAUGCAAUGCUGUGACUGAAAGAAAGCAAAACAAAACACUACAGUCCAUUACCUUGUUAUAUUAUACGCUUAAGGAAAAGUUAAGUAAUUUAAAAAAUUAUUAUUACUGUCAUUAUGAUCGUCAUUUACAUCGAUAUCAUCAUUACCAUUAUUAUUAUUAUUAUUAUUGUUACAACGUUUAUUGUGUCUUAUAAAUUAUACCCAUGCAAGACCUACUAAUUACAGUUAAAAAUAUUUAAAAUCAUUAGAGAGUUUAAUGUUCAUUAUAGUGAAAAAUGUUACUGUUUUUAUAGCUUUGAUAAUUUAUCAAAUGCAUUAAUCGAAGGAAAAUUUGUCUUUCUGAUUAGUAGGACCAGAUGCAAUAAUUGUGACUGACAGCAAAGAUACGAUUAUUAUUUAUUGUAUAUUGAAUUGUACACACCGAAAUUAAGAAUAUGUUUAACAUUUUGGAAUAUUCAGGCAAAUUAAGCCGUGGAAUUGUUAUGCCAGUGUAAAAAGAAUUUCACAUUACCCACAUGUCAAACUAAAAUAUAUAUGCUUUGUUAGAAUUCCCAA